AGCGGACCCAGAGCCAGCAGCGCACCGAUCUCUCACCACUUCCUGACCAGUAGCCACUGACCACCUGCAGCGGACAUGGACUUCCUGAAAAAGGCCGUCGGAGGAAACGACAAUGUCGCCAAAGUUGCCGGGCAGAAAGCGGGUCAGUUUGUGGAGCAAAAGGUGGAUGAGUUCGUGGGUGGAAAAAAGGGAAAAGACCAGCAGCAGCAGAAACCGCAGCAGCCGCAGCAGCCGCAGCAGCCGCAGCAGCCGCAGCAGCCGCAGCAGCCGCAGCAGCCGCAGCAGCAAGGAGAUGACGGAUGCUUUGGUCUGGGAGACGCACUGGGGCAGGACGGACAAAAUGCAGCUGGUGGUCUGAAGGACAUGGCCGCCGGACUGUUCAAGUAGGAGCCUGGAGGACGGAGCCUUCAUCGUCUCCACCAUCUUCAUCAUCAGCCUGGGACGUUUCUGAGCUCUCCUACCUGAUCAUCUUUCUUCCUGUUUUAAACCCAGUAAGCCUCCCAGCGUCUUACUGGGAGCUUUAACUGGUUUAAUAAAUUUACUGGUUUGUUGUUUUCUGUAACCAAUAAACUGUCAAAUUAAAUAUAUUCAAGCAUAAAACUGA